AUGAAUCAAAUAAUUCUUUCAUGUGUACUCCUAUUAGCUAUUCUCGGCAUUUCCUAUGCUUCUCUUGCGCAGAUGAAAGUAAAGGAAGGAGCUCGAGUGAAAAUCCAAGUUUUUCGAGCAUCGAAAGGCGUGAAAAUUGUUAAACACACAGAAAGAAUCAUCCGUUAUGACGGAAAACGUUUAGUUGACGGAGCAGGGCUUGAAAUCGAUUCGAGCAAUUAUGAAUAUGAGCACGGUGAUCUAUUUAUCAAGAAAUUCGGUAAAGCUGAUGAAGGGCUCUAUUCCCCUUACCCAGCUAACUUGGAGAUAAAGAAUGAAGGAAAUGGAAGUUUCUCGGGUGUCCCAGUCCCUGCUAUUCGUUACACCAUUGAUGCAAAAGCUAAUGUUGGCAAAUAA